AUGCACGGAGUAGAUGAGGGCGUUACGGAGAAUUUCGAUUGGAACGUUGGAGGGGAAAAGGCCAAGCGCACGCCACCUGACUCCAUGCCCUGCUCUCAGCUUGUCGCUGCCAUUACGAUCGCCAUGCCCAGCAUCAAAGAAUGGGCUCUUGGCUGCCCAGGCCGCUCAGGCCGCAUUUUGCAAUCUGGUGCAGAGCAUCUAAAGGUCCGCGACGCCGCCACUUGUCACCACCAGAAUAUAAUGUCCUAG